AUGUCAACCGGACCUCUUCGCCGAGGGCUCUCCCAGAUCCUCAAAAAAGACUCCUCAGACAUCGUCAUCCUCACUUCCCUCCGCACUCCCAUAACCCGCUCCUACAAAGGUCAACUCUCCUCCGCCUACCCAGAACAACUCCUCCACAGCGUACUCAAAGCAACACUAUCCGCCAAUCCCUCUCUCGACCCCUCUCUCAUAGACGACGUAUGUGUCGGAGUCGUGCUCUCCGAACUCGGGGGUUCAAAAGCCGGACGUAUGGCUAUGAACCACGCUGGUUACGAUACGCGCACUGCGUUUUCUACGACCAACCGCGCCUGCAGUUCGGGAUUGCAGGCUAUUACCAAUAUUGCGAAUUCUAUUGCGAUGGGAGGGAUUAAUAUUGGGGUUGGUGGGGGAAUGGAGAGUAUGACAAGGAAUUAUGGGUCGAAGGCUAUUCCGGUGGAUUUGUGGCCGGAGUUGAAGGAUGCGGAGAGAGAUACGAGGGAUUGUAUUAUGCCGAUGGGGAUUACAAGUGAGAAUGUAGCGAGUAGGUAUGGAGUUGGUAGAGAGGAACAGGAUAAGUUGGCAGUGGAGAGUCAUCGUCGGGCGGCAGAGGCACAGGAGAAGGGGUGGUUUGAUGCGGAGAUCGUACCGGUUACGACGAUGUGGCAGGAGACGGGGAAAGGAGGGGUGAAAGUUGGAGAACCGAGGGAAGUUACUGUUACGAAAGAUGAUGGGAUUAGAAAAGGUGCUACGUUAGAGAGUAUGCAGAAGUUAAAACCUGCAUUCAAGGAAGAUGGUACAUCGACUGCGGGGAACUCAUCGCAGAUUUCAGAUGGAGCAGCUGCUACAUUGAUGAUGCGUCGGAGUACGGCUACUGCUCUCGGAUUAACUUCUUCAAUUAUUGGAAAAUGGGCCGGCACAGCAAUAUCAGGAUGUCGACCUGAUGAAAUGGGAAUCGGGCCCGCACUUGCGAUUCCAAAAUUGAUGGAGCAAGCGGGCAUUCAAAAAGAAGAGGUAAAUGUGUGGGAGAUUAAUGAAGCAUUUGCUAGUCAGGCAAUUUAUUGCGUGAGGGAAUUGGGACUGAUGAGUGCAUAUGAGAAGGCAGAUGUUAAUCCAAGGGGAGGAGCUAUUGCAUUGGGUCAUCCAUUAGGUGCUACAGGAGCGAGAAUGGUAGCGGGAUUAUUGGCAGAGUUGGGAAGGAGGGAAGAACAGGAAAAGGGCAUCUUGUAUAAAAUAUGGGUUUGCACAUGA